AUGUGGCCACACAGUGCUUUGCCCAGGCCAUUAAGAGCAUGCGAUGGUGAUGCGCCACGUGUCGCCAUUGGAGUGUACCACCUCUCCUUGCCCGUCUUAGUCAUCAUCGGUAUCCUUCUUCUCUCCUUCUUGGUGGUGCACGUGGCGGUGCCUGUGGGGCAGCGUUUCGGCUUCUCCUUCAACGAGUUCGGACGCAGCUUGAAGCAACUGCGGAAGGUCAUCGACCCCAUGCUGAAAGAGAUUUGGUGCAAACCUGUCGCUUCCAUGACCGAAGCUCCGAGCACAUUGGCAUUGGGUACUCCUGACGCCUUCUCCUGGGCGGACUUGGAGCGCUUGGGCAUUUUGGGGAACCUCACCACGGCGCAGCUGCAGCAAGCAGCCGAGAACCCCGACAGCUUCCUGCGCGCAGCUGCAGCCGGGUCGCGAGAGCUCCUGCUCAGCGCCUGUGCGGCCCGUACUGCCCAGCUGCACCCGCAGGCCGAGGCACAACAGGUUUACCAAGAGCUGGCGCAGGCGCAUCUCCGAGAGUUCCUGACCCCGGAGUUCGCCACCCAGUCUCCGAAUUUUACGGCGAUGCUGGACACGGUCCUGGAUGCCGCAUACACCUUCAACGAGGAGACCCUGCCCGUGCCGGAGGAAGGCCCUGAGCAAGAAGAGGCUGAUGAGCUCCGGCUCGUGGGCUCGGAGCACGCGGAGCACGCACAUGGCGAUGUCGUCACCGUCGCCUCGGCCGCAGACGAACUGCCCGGACCCCAAGAACUGAGCUACUGUACCCGUGCUUGUACUCCGAAGCCUUUCCCGAAGCUUCCUGUGCUUUGCUUGCCGAGGCCCGCCAAGACACCCUUUGCGGCAAACAGCACCUUCAGUACUACAUCUUUGGAAAACCGGGCAUUCCUGAUGGACUCUCUGGACUUUGGCCUAUUCUCAGCGGCACCUCGUUUCGGCCAGCUUGCACGCCAGAGCAUUCCAGUCAUCUGGGUGAGCCUGGUGUCUUUAUGGCCUGGGCUGCUGUCCAGCUUCCUUCAGAUGAUCUGGUGCGUGCCAGUUCCGGAAGACGAUGUCAUCGUGAACCGACUGCUGCCCAACCCCUCCGUCAUUUGCUGGUCCGACGAGCACCUGGUUUCUGCUCGCUUCGCCAUCGCUGGACUCUUUUUUUGGUGCCUGGGCAUACCGAUUGCACUGGCCACCUUAUUGCUGCGCCUCCCCGAUAGACACGCUCCUGACAACUUCAGGCGAUUCGGCUAUUUCUUCCAGGGCCUGGAGCGACAGUUUUGGUGGUGGGAUCUCCUCGUCAAGCGCUUCGACGUGGCCUCAGACCUGGGGCUGAUGAUGCUCGUCGCCUACACUUCAGUUGUGCCCGAUCCCGCGGCGAAACUCGCUAUCUUCCCUGUCCUCUCGGGAUUCCAGGCGUUGCUGGUAGCGUGCGUCCGGCCCUAUACAAACGAUCAAGCUGAGAUACUGGAUGUCUUGGAGGCCAUCGGGGUGUUUCUGCUGCUCAUCCGUGCUUUGAAGGGUUUGCCGAGUGCUUCCGCACAGGUGACCCUGUGCUCAAUCCGGUUUCUGCUCUUCAGUGGAGUGGCGAUGCUUCUCAACCUGGAGACGUCGACACAGACGGUUCACUUGGUGGCCUACCUCCUCUUGCUGGUCUUGGUGCUUGGCUGUAUGGACUUCUUCGCCCACUUCGCGGCGCAGGUCGGCAAGAGUUUUGUGUUCUCAACAGGCACUUGCAUACUUCGUCACGAUCGUAUUCUAUUGUCAGUUACGGCUGUUGCGCUAGUAUUCGUUACGAGUACUACUGCAGUACAUACAGACUACACAGCCGCAAAAUGCUACAGGCUGUUGCAUGCUCUUUCCUUUCUCAUCAUUAUCUCUGUUACUAUCAUGAAUCAUGAUCGGCAUGGCAUCUUGGCACAGUUUCGUAUCGCUCUUGCAAAGACCAUCAGGAGUGGAGGUUGUGGUUACAGCUCCUAUAUAUGA